AUGUCUGGCUUCAGGGUGUCAGGGAUUUUUCCCUUGAACCCAGAUAUCUUUACAGAUGCCGACUACAUGCCAGCCUAUUUCACCGACAGACCUGCCCCAGUGCAGGCAGAGGUGUACAGGCCUAUUACAGGGCAACACGAAGAAGCUGAUACUCAAGUUCUAACACAGCCAAACGUAGGAUGUCCCACCCCAGAAGAAGAACGUAAUGGGGUUAUAGAACCAUGUUCUGAUUCAAAAAUCGAAAAUAGUUAUUUCAUGCCUCAUAGACCAGUAGUAAGAGAGGAUAAGGUAACCUCUAAAGUUAGAAUGGUGUUUGAUGCUUCUUCAAAGGAGAAACAUUUAAAUUCUUUGAAUGAUUGUUUAUUUCCCGGACCUAAUCUUAAUCCAAACGUUCUUGAUAUAAUACUUAGUUUUAGGAAACAUAAUGUUGCAUUUUGCGCCGAUUUAGAAAAGGCUUUUUUGCAAAUUGGAAUUGCGGAAGAGGACAGGAAUUACCUGAAAUUUAUAUGGUUUAGUAACGAAAGGGAUGAUUUGAUAUCUGGUGCGAAAUCUGAUAAAGAAGUGUAUUACAUAUCAUCGACAGCUUCAGAUAUUUUUAAAGAAGCUGGAAUGAAUUUGCGGAAAUUUAAUACUAAUUCCGUAAAACUUCGAAAAAUGUGGGAAGAAAAGGGAAUGUGUGAAACAGCUGAACUUCGUAAUGAUACCUUAAAGAUCUUGGGUUUACUAUGGAAUACCGAUUCUGAUAGCUUGCAUUUUGACGUUCCAGACUUUCGCGAGGAUUGUAAAAUCAAUCCUUCAAAACGCGUUGUUUUGAAAAGUGUUCUAAAGAUAUUUGAUCUUCUUGGAAUUCUUUUACCAUUUACUGUUAGGAUGAAAAGUUUGUUGCAAGAAACUUGGCAGCGAGGUAUAGGAUGGGACGAAAACUUACCUAAUGAUCUAAAAUACGAGUGGGAAAGUUGGUGUUCAGAAAUUGAUCAUUUACCCAAGUUUGAGAUAUCUCGUAAAUAUUUUCCGGGGGGUUUAGAAAAUUUUGAUACCAUAGAACUUCACAUUUUUUCUGAUGCAAGUCCUAAGGCUUAUGGUGCUGUUGCAUAUUUUCGAUGUGCCAAAAUUGAUAAUGAAAUUCGGACCAGUCUUGUUUGGGCAAAAUGUAGGGUUUCCCCUAUAAAACGUUUGACAAUCCCUCGCCUCGAACUUAUGGAUGCGAUAAUAGCUGCUAGGAUGUGCAAAUAUUUAAAAACUGUUUUUAGUUCUCAUGUUUUAGAUGUCCAUAUUUGGUCAGAUUCCAUUGUCGCGCUACAUUGGAUAAAGGGUUCACCGAUAAACUGGAAGCCAUUUGUGGCAAAUAGGGUAGAAGAAAUACAGUCUUUGACUAACCCCAGAAUUUGGAAUUUUACUCCAGGGAAAGCCAAUCCUGGAGAUUUGUUGACCAGAGGGGAAAGUUUAACUAGUCUUGUAGAAAAUACAUUAUGGUUUGAAGGUCCAGAUUGGUUAUCAAUGCCUAAAGAAAGGUGGCCGAAGCAUGACAUUCUUCCCAGCAAUAAUGAUUAUUUGAUUGAAAAGAGGUCCAAAUUAAAUUCUAUUCAGCUUUCCUGCAAUGUUAAAUUACUUACAGAACCAUUGCUGGAUUUAGGAAAAUUUAGUAAACUUAAUCGUGUAUCACCGCUUGGAUUUUCAGAUUCCUUAAUAACAUUAAUAAGAAAAAGACUAAGCUGUCAGGUUGAAGACCUGAAACGGGAAGAACCUAUCAAUAAAAAUUCUCCUUUAUACAAUUUAAGCCCUAAAUUGGAUGAAGAUGGUUUAUUAUAUUUAUCGGGAAGACUUCGCUUAUCUGGUCUGCCUCUAAGGGAAAAAAAUCCUUGGAUACUCCCGGGCGGGGAACAAUUCACCAAACUGCUAAUUCUUCAGGCCCAUGAAAAAGUUUAUCAUUAUGGAGUAGCCACAACCUUGGCGCAUCUUCGAGAAACAUAUUACAUCAUCAAAGGAAGGAAAUAUGUUAAAUCUGUGCUGAAAUCUUGCAUUAUUUGCAAAAGAUUUAAAGUUAGACCUGGCAAGGAAGAAAUUGCUCCUUUACCGAAGGAUAGGAUAAUUGAAUCACCCCCAUUUGAGACCUGUGCUGUUGAUUUCGCCGGCCCUAUUUUUAUCAAAACUAAAUCGGGCCCGGAAAAGCUUACAUUGUGCUCUUCACCUGUGGAGUUACUAGAGCUGUUCAUUUGGAAAGGACUCUGCAAAAUUGUAUACAGUGACAAUGCCAAGACCUUUAUCAAAACUGAUAGUUUACUGAAGGAAGUUUGGAGUAAGAUUUCCAAAGCUGAGGUUCAACAGUAUUUUACUAAAAUCCGAAUUGUGUGGAAAUUUAUUGUACCUAGAGCCAGCUGGUGGGGUGGGUUUUGGGAGCGUAUGGUGCGUUCUGUCAAAACGCCCUUGAAGAAAGUUUUAGGACGAUCUUGCUUGAGCUAUGAAGAGAUUCAAACCACUCUCACUGAGAUCGAAGUUGUUAUAAAUGGAAGACCUUUAACUUACGUGUAUGAUGAAAUUAACGAGCCAUUUCCCCUAACUCCUUCUCAUUUUCUGAUAGGCAAGCGCCCAAAUUUCUUUCCGGAUAUUCCUUCUGUGGCAGAACCAAAAUCCAACAAAAAGACCCUCACGAAAUUAUUGAGAUACCGAGAUCAAAUUUUAAACCAUUUCUGGAAGCGUUGGAGAACGGAGUACUUACUGGAACUUCGAUCUGCAAAUCGCAUCGUUCCAAUAGAUACUCCUACAAAAUUCAAAAUUGGAGACGUGGUUAUAGUUCAUGAAGACAAGGUUCCAAAACACAUGUGGAAAAUAGGAGUUGUUAAAGACCUUUUUUUCGGCAGAGACUCUAAAGUUAGAUCUUGUGCUGUUCGAACGCCUUCAGGCGUUGUGAGGAGACCUAUUCAAUUACUGUAUAAUUUAGAACUUGAUAUUGAGUCAGUGACUCAGUAA